CUACCAACGUCACAUCAAUGGGCGGGUUCUGGUGAUUCGGUAUUAAAAUCGGCUUGGAUUGGUCAAAGCCUGGAUCCAGAAAAUGUAUUUAAGGCCUGAUAUAACACAUUAAGCCACACUUCACGAAAUUGAAGAGGAGGCAGUCAUGAGAUUCUUAUUGCUAAUUGGUAUCUUCAUUGCGGUGGCUGCAAGCCCUUCUGAAGGCUAUCGGCGAUGUCCAAGAUUUUGGGUUCCAUAUAGAUUAAGUUGUUAUCGAGUGUUCUCAUACUUAAAGACUUGGCAGGAGGCAGAAUCUUUUUGCUCUAGUUCACGAAGUUCAGGAAGUAGAGGUCACCUCGUCAGCAUCGGUAGUGGUGCUGAAAACCGUUUUGUCGUGACGCUUUGGAGAACUUCUCAUGGUGUGUUAGCUUGGAGGAACACAUACUGGAUUGGUUUGAAGAGGUCGGGUCAUAGUUGGCGUUGGUCGGACGGAUCAACAAGAUACCGGUACACAAAUUGGGGAACAGGUGAACCUAAUAACCAUCGGAGACGAGAAGAUUGUGCCAACCAGUUCAAUGAGCAUGAUAAUUACCAUAAAUGGAAUGACAAUAGCUGCUCGACGAGGUUAUCAUUCGUAUGCGAGACAUAGAAAAUUCCCCAAAGUGAUUCUGACAUAUGUUUGCAGCACCUUAUAUAGCACAACGAGACUGUAAUCUUGUCACUAAUUUUAAUUUAAUUAAAUAUUUUGAUCGUUCCAUUAAUCCAUUUCCCAAACAACUUGGAUUCAGUUAAUUACAUUCUUGACUUGGUAUUAUAAAAAAAAUAUAUAUGUCCUAAAUGCAUUCGAACCCUUUUAACACUUUGCCUCUAGAAACUUUGUUCCAUUAAUGGACGAACAUUUUUGAGUAGCAACUACUGUAUAACAUUACUCUAAGUUGCAUUGAGUGACCACUUUGGUCUGACUAUAAUGGCCACUAUAAGUGAAGAUCACAGCCUAACUUUUAAUUUCAUUUUAAUUAGUGUCGUUGUUUCCUUCUCUGUGUAGUCAGUAACUCCACUAACCACUUCUAUGUUUUUGAGUUUCAAUAAUACGCACCUAAUACGCAUAAAUUUGAAA